AUGUUGAAAGCUGCUCUCUUUAAACGCAAGAAAACUUCAAAGCCAUUCAAGGAGUUCUACAAUGAGUGGUUCGCCACUCUCACCACCACCCUCCUCCCCUCCCUCCGCCGAGCACUUUCACCAGGUUUCCUAUCUCCGGUCAUCCUAUCAACCCAAGUCGAGCUCAUGCACCACCAUUUCCGGUCAUACUACGACGCCCUCGACCAGGCCGCCGCGGCGGACGUAGCCCAGUGUCUCUAUCCCGAGUGGCGGAAUUCCAUCGAACGGUCCUUCCUCUGGCUCGGCGAUCUUCAUCCUUAUCUCUUCACCAACCUCCUCCGUUCAUUUCUUGCUGAUCAAGAACCACCCGUCGAUGAAAAUGUCACCAAAUUUCUUGAUAAAUCUUGGCACGUGGUGAUGGCGUGGAAGAGUCCGUCCAAGACUUUGACGACGAAGGUUGACAAGAUUGAGUGUGGGUUGAGGCUGAUGGUGCCGGCAUUAGCGUCGCGGUGGCGGAAUGCGCAGUCGGCGUUUGUGGAGAAUAUGGGGACGGCGAUAGGAGAGGCUUUGGCAGCGGAGAUGGAGGACAUGGUGGGGGUGUUUGUGGAUGCUAAUAGGCUGCGGCGCAGCAUUCUGGCGGAUAUUCUGAGCGCCACCGAUCUUUAUCAGGCUGCUUUGUUUCUUGAAGCACUUGCCCAAUUCCUAGUUGGGUUCAAAGAUCAAAAACUGCUCAAUGAAUUUGAGAAAUGCAAAAUCGCAAUCAAUUAA